UCGGCCGGGCGGCGCUCGGGAUGCUCGGGCAGCGCCGCGGGCCGGGCGGGCGCGAUGGAGCCGCCUGAGGGCUGGGACCCCUACGGGCGGCCGGCCCGGCGCACGCAGUGGCUGGUCAGCGCCCUCGCCUACCACUACGGGCUGGACCGCGGCGUGGAGAACGAGAUCGUCGUGCUGGCCACCGGCCUGGACCAGUACCUGCAGGAGAUCUUCCACCACCUGGACUGCGCCGGGGCGGGCCGCAUCCCCGGCGAGGACUUCCGCACGCUGUGCCAGGUGCUGGGGCUGGAGGAGGCGGCGGAGCCCGAGGAGUGCGCGGGGCUGUGGGACGGGCUCUCGGCCGAGCUCACCUUCCGCCAGUUCCACGCGCGGCUCUGCGGCCACUUCAGCACCCGCGCGGGGCCGCGGCUGCCGCUGGGCCGGGAGAGCGAGCACAUCGAGACCCAGAUCCGCCUGCGCAGCCCCCGCCGCCGCCGCCGCGCCGACCCCGCCGGCCGCGGAGCCGCGGGCAGCGCCGAACGGCGGCCGCCGGGGCCCUGCUCCCGAGAGUGCUACGAGGAGAUCGUGGCGCUGGAGCAGGCCGAGGACCGCCUCGCCAAGCUGGAGGAGGAGAACGGCAGCCUGCGGGAGCUGGUGGAGGACAUGCGCGCCGCCCUGCAGAGCAGCGAUGCGCGGUGCCUGGCGCUGCAGGUGGGACUGCGGAAGAGCCAUGCCAGCCAUAGAGAAGAAGGAUCCUGCUUCACAGGGAGGAAGAGAGCAUUAACACAGAAGCACUCGCAGACCAAGUGCCUUCAAAGUGUCCUGGAGGAAAUGGAGCUCAUCCGGAGCUCCAGGGAUGGGCAGGUUGAAGAAGCCAUCAGGUUCAGUCAGGAGCUGGAGAAGGAGCUGAAGAGCUCUCAGGAAGCUCUGGUCAGCCUGGAAGAUUGCAACCGCCACCUGAAGAGGGAGCAGGCAGAGAUGAGGAGGAAGGUGGAAGAGGCCAGACGGGCUGUCCUGAACAGUCUUGGCAAAGUGAAGGAGCUGGAAGUGAGAGCUAAUGAGGUGCCACAUCUGCAAAUACACAUCCAGCAGCUGGAAUCACAACUGCAGCACUACAGGUGGGAAGUGGAGCGAUGCCAGCUUGCCCAGCAGAGCAGCCCCCAGCAGCAGCAGCAGGAGGGAGCAGCCGUGCCCGGGGGCACCCGCGGAGCGCCCGUGGCACCGCCGGGCACCGCCAACCACGCAGAGGAGCAGCUCUUACGCUCCGUGGAGGGCCAGGCUGCCUCGGACGAGGAGGAGGAGAAGUGGCCAGGGGACCGGGCUCCCCAGCUGAAGAAGAUCCUGGCCAAGCUCCCUUGCUGUGGCAGUGGAUGUGAUGAAAAGACCUGGAGAAAGCUGCUGUCCUACCUGGAGACCAGCAGCACUGAUGGGAAGGACCCUGUGGAGCCCUCGGGGAGAAUCUCCCCCCUCACAGAGCAGCCAGAACUCAAGGACCACCAAGAGAGAAAACUGGAAGCAAGCAUGGAAGAGAUGAAAGGCCCCUGGCUCGGGGAGCUGCAGCAGAAGGUGGAGGAGACUGAAGUGCUGAAGAUGGAGCUGCAGAUGCUGGAGACAGAGAGGGUUCGGCUGUCCCUGGUGGAAGAGAAGCUCCUGGAUGUUCUGCAGCUUCUCCAACAACUCCGAGACUUGAACAUAUCGAAGCGAGCCCUGGGGAAAAUCCUGCUGAGCACUUUGGAAUCCUGCCAUGACCCCCAGCCUGGCAAAGCCCAGCUGUUGGAAGUGCUGGACACCCUUCAGCAGGAGCUGGCAGCCUGUGAACUCCUGCACAAGCAGCCCACGGAGCAGGCACAGAGCCCACGGUCCCUGUCCAACCCCCUGGUGAUCUCCUGCUGAGCCCAGCCAGCCCCAGGACAGCUGCAAGGAGCAAUCAGGGACAUUUGUCCAGCUCAGCCACGCCUGGACUGGCCAGGAGCGAGGAGUGACCCCAGAGAGGAGCAGCAGCCCUGGGCUGGGCACAGCCUGCCUUACCUGGACUGCAAAGGCCAGCCCUGGGGUGCCCCUGGGUCUGGGCUGGCACCAAACUGUGCCCACCACCCUCACCUGACCCACAGGGAUUUACAGCUCUGCAAAACUGGGACUGGGCUGGCACCAAACUGUGCCUCACCUGACCCACACUGAUUUACAGCCCUGGAAAACUGGGACUGGGCUGGCACCAAACCAAACUGUGCCCACCACCCUCACCUGACCCACAGGGAUUUACAGCCCUGCAAAACUGGGACUUGGCUGGCACCAAACCAAACUGUGCCCACCACCCUCACCUGACCCACAGGGAUUUACAGCUCUGCAAAACUGGGACUGGGCUGGCACCAAACCAAACUGUGCCCACCACCCUCACCUGACCCACAGGGAUUUACAGCCCUGGCUGUGCAGGUGCUGGGCACAGUUUGCAGCCUUUGUGGAAGCCCCACUCCAAAGCCAAGGCCGCCUGUGUUAUCCCUGGAUUUGUUGUCCCAUAUCCUAGAGGUGACAAACGGAAUGAUAAACACACCCAGGAGUGUGUGCCAGCAGUGCAGGUUUUAAGGGCUCUGUGUUUCUCACUCAAUUACUCACCUUAUUUAACUCUGAAGCUAGAUUUUUUAUUGCUCUGCUGAAUUUUAUAUUUGCAAUUAUAGAGAUGCCUUAGGAAUAUGCAGCAGCCUUUCCUGACAACAGUCAGAUUUUACAUAAGAAGUUAAAUUUAAGUGCUUGAAGAAGGUCCAAAGCAAUCUUGUUCCCAGGCUCUCAGGGAAAGGAAGGGCUGAAAAAUUCAUUUUGCUGUCAUUCUGUGUUAGCAAACAACUCGUGCAGUGCACAAGUGAGUUCUGAAGUUUAAUUUCCCUCAGUGCAGCUGCAGACACAAAAUUAGGCCCCACAUGGAGGCCAGUUAAUGUAAAGAGCUGGGCCUAAUUGUGGUGCCAUGGAAUGUAUUAAUCAGCAAUAAAAUAAUUCCUGGGGCAAAAGUAAAAAAAAAAAAAAAAAAAAAAGGUUUAUUCCAAGGUGCUUUUGCUGUGUCAUUCACAGAGGCAGAAUUCCUAAAAGAGCCAGUGAGUUUAUGUUACUGAAAAGAUGCACUGUGGAUCUUUUAAGAAUGUGACGUGAUUUGCCUGAGAUAAUGCCAGUGAUGAAACAAGAUCAUUCAACUGUACAUGUAUGAAUUUUUCCCAGGAAAAGGUUUCAUACAGGAAUAAGGUCCACAAUGCAAGCUGGGGAAUAAGAUUUCCAUUCCUUUCCAUUCCUUUCCACACUCACACACCUCCAUGGAAAAUGGUGACACCUUUGAGCCACAUUGGGAACAAAAAAUUUGUAUUAUUUUAAUUGCAUUUUAAAGGAGAGAGGAAAAAAAGGUGUUAUGCAAGCAAUGAAACAAACUCUGUUCAAUGGUGUUUUACCUCGUUGGGUUUUUCUGUAUUUUGGGGGUUUUUUGUGGUGUAGCAGAUGAAGAUUUUAAGAAUAGAUAUAUAUUGUUAAUGUACAUUUUUCUUAAAGACACAUUAGACAGGACAUAUGCACAUAGAACAAUAUUCACACUCUAAAAAAGAAAACUGUCUCUUAAUGCUAAAUGUAUUGCUAACAAAAUACAUAAUAUACUAUUACUGAGUAUAUACUGAGGUACUUGCUGGGAUUGUAUCCUACAGAAACAGCCUCUACUUGUGCCACAGGUAAAAGUUUAAAUGAGCAGAAAUCAGAUCCCUGCUUGGCUUAAUUUGCUAAAAAUCCCUAAAACCAUCAGCUUUUGUUGUGUGCAUCUCUCUGGCUUUCCCAGGAAUAUGGCAGAGGUGUAAAGAGGGAAAAUGCCAGGAAAUGAUGAAAUGAGCCUGAUCUGUGUGUUCAGGAGCAGGAUUCUAAUGCAGGCACACACCUGGCUCUGGAUCCUUGUUUACUGCAGGGCUCUUGCAGCAUUUGGAUUUGUCACCAUCUGGACCCUUUCUCCUGUUCCCACAUCCCCCAAACCUGGCAGUCUGUUUCUCACAGACUUUGCAUUUCCUUAGAUCCCCACAAACUCACUUUUAGUUUAUUCAUUUUCUAUUAAACCUGCAAACUGGCCCUAAAAGGAAGCUUGGGUAUUUUCUCCCCUGACCUCCACCAUGAAGGUUUUGGUUUUUUCCCACAAAUGAUUUGACUUCAUCCUCAACGUCCCUUCCCCUCCCAAUGCCCUCCUCACUUCCCAUUUGGCAAAUUCCUCCCUGGGGUAACCUCUGAGGGGUUCACACUUCUAGCACAAAUGGCAUUUUUCAAGGAAAGUUUCCUCCUCCCAUGACUUUUUUGCUUAUAGGAGGCAUUAACUAUUAGUGAAUUAAAGCCACCUGAUCUGUAAAGUUGUUUAAUAAUUGUCCCAUUUAUUUUUGAAGCUCUCUCUGGAGUAUUUGGCAGUGAGGACUCAUCACAGAUGUUACUCUGAGUCACAGAAUUUUGCAGCAGAUCAGAGUGGCCUUGUCCAGCCAGAGCUGCUCCAAGGGGUUCAGUGCAUCUGUGCACACUUUGGGAGGAAAAACCCUGGAAUCCAAACUCCUCCCUUCCAUGAUACUGUCCUUAAUCUGUACAUGGAGAUGGAAGGAGCUGGGACUAGGAAGAAAGGAGCACUUUUAAAAUAAAAAUGGAGUAAAAUGGAAUUGCUCUGUGUGAGAGUGACACUGAACCUUCCCAGGGUGCCUGUGCCAUGUGCCAUUACCAGCCACAGGGCCUCUCUCAGAUUUAUGAUUUCAUGGAGUUUAAGACACCGAAUCCUUUGGUAUUUACACUGUCUGAUUUUCUUAAUAAUUUUAUGUAUAAUUCCCUGAAACACAAAAACUAUAGAGUGUGUUUCCUAGUGUGAAAUUAAAUUAAAAUCAUCCUUAUGUCCUUAAUUACACUUUACUUUCAAAAGACUGGGGUUUUCAGAGGUCUUGGGUUUCUGUUCUGUUGUUUUGUCUCUUCUUUUUGCCUCAGCAUGCCGAAAUAGCUCAACUGUAUUUUGCCUCCUCAACUUCUUUCAAAUUACCUCGAGGGUGAAAUCAUCACAGCCCAAACCUGGACUGAGGUACCCACAGAAGAGCUCAGCUUAGCAGAACAAAACCUCCUUGUUUUAUGCAGCUCACUCACUUCUUCACUUAAAAGAGGAGUCUGAAUAACAGCAAACUUCCCUGAAAUCAGACUUACUCCUUAAAUGACAUUAUUUCCUAAAAUGCUUGUAUUUUUCUGAACUGUAACCAUUUCAGACUCUGUCUGAAGAACUGCCUGCUCCUAGACUUGAUCCCCCACAUUUCCAGACUGUAGAACAAAAGAAGAGAAAGAAAGGGCUCAGAGGAACUCUAAAAUUCCUAAACUGGCAUUUUAGAUCCAGUCACCAGCUGGACAGCAAAUUCAGUUCAUGGCCAUUUUUACUCCUGCCAAUACAACUGCAUUUUUGUUUCAUGAAACUCCUAAAGCCAUAGCAGAGCGUCAGAAUCAGGAGGAAAACAUCUCCUUAAAUUCCCACCUCUGCCAAAACCUGCAGCAAGAACACAGACAGCUGUUUGGGUUUCAGUUCAAUAAUAAAUAAAUAAUAGGAAAUUAGGAAAUAAAUAAUAGGAAAUGAACCAGAAUUAACUCUGCAUGAGGAGAAGGCUCUGGGGAGAGCUGAGAGCCCCUUAAAGGGGGCUCACAGGGAGGCUGGAGAGGGCUUUCCAUGAAGGUUUGGGGUCAGAGGCAAGGGGGAUGGCUUUAAGCUGAGAGUGGGGUUAGAUGGGAUCAUGGGAGGAAAUCCUUCCCUGUAAGGUGGUGGGGCACUGGAAAAGAUUGUCCAGAGAGGUUAUGGAAUGUUCCAGGCUGGGCUUGGAGCAACCUGGUUUAGUGGAAGGAGCUCCUGCCAUGGCAGGACCUGGAAUGAGGAGAGCUUUAAGGUCCCUUCAACCCAAACCAUCCUGUGACUCCAUGAAUAUCCCACAAGUUGUCCUGUACUGCUCCUGUGAGCACUGCUCCUCCUCAGGGCGUGACUCCUCCUCAGCCUCACUGCUCCUACCCAGCCCCUACAGAGCUCCCUGUGUUCCCUGGGGUGCACAAACCAAAUUACAUUCUUAAUUGCUGUUUUCUGAUUCUGCCUCAAAGAGCUGUGAGGUAACUUAUCUCUGUCAGGGAGUAAACAAGGACUGUGGGGUGACAUUGAAAAAUUAUCAGUAUUCAAGUGGUUUCACCCACGUGCACCCUGCAAAGCAGAAAGGUCAUGAGAGCUGAGGGUUUGGGUAUUAGAGCUUGAGAUAAUUUCUGUACUUCAAGGUUUUAUUGUUUGAUAGCCUUGGUUUUGCUGAUUGCUUCUCAUUGGUUUUUUUUCACAGUUACAAGUGGAAAAAUGGUCUCUAACAAAGGGAAGGUCCAGUGUUUUGUGAGGAAUUUUCUACCUCUUAAGAUUGCCAAAAACAGAUAAAGAAAAAAAAGAGAAAAUAUGUGGAGGCUGAUACAAUUUGACUUAAAAUACCAUUUAGAUAAAAGAUGUUAUUUUGAAAUAAAGAACAUGCAAUACC